GCCAGAGUCGGGCUGCCUGCCACCCGGCGGCACAUCCGCGAGCUCUUGGAGGAGCGCUCUCUUCUCCAGCAGCUGACAAAAGGAUGGGAGGAUGCCAGAGCCCCGGGAUACGGGCACCGUGCAGACCUGCGGGCUUCUGAGCGACUUCACCCUCCGCCGGAAAUGUACCCAGGGCUGGCUUUGAGAAAAUAUACAGAAUUGGACUGUUGUUGCUGUGAUUUCCUAAACAACUGCUGUAUUUCAACUGAGCUUUGGCAAAGCAAGGAUGUGAACAAUUACACAGGUGGGCUACUCAGGGGGAGUGAAGAGAUCAGGCAGCCAAUCAGGGACUGGCAACCUCCAGCACUGCCAACAUGCCCCUCCAGCAGAUUUCUGUAAUCCCAGCGAGGGAGACUGCCAGCAAUGGGAGAAGUUCAUUGGGCAGAAACAAAGAGAAGAACAAGAAAGUGGAGAAUUUCAGAAAUUGAAAAGGGAUAAGUGGAAGGAGAAAAUGUUGGGCUGGUGUGAAGCGAUAGCCCGUAACCCUCACAGAAUCCCAAACAGCACAAGGACACCAGAGAUCUCAGGGGAUCUGGCUGAUGCAUCACAAAACUCAACCUUGAAUGACAAAUCCCCAGGACGUUCUGCAAGUCGAUCAAGUAACAUAUCCAAGGCAAGCAGCCCAACUACAGGAACAGCUCCCAGAAGCCAGUCCCGGCUGUCUGUCUGCCCAUCCACUCAGGACAUCUGUAGAUCUUCCACCUUGCAUGAUUUGUCAGAAGACACAUUUGAGCAUUCCACCCCUGUCAUGGUGCUGACCCCUACGUGUAGGGAGUCUAAUAAAAAACAGUUGAAACAGAGGUUUAGGCGGAGAAAGAGAGAGGCUUCUGAAAGAUAUGAGCAUGCAGAAAAGCAGAGAAAAGGGAAGAAAAAUAAGUUUCACCUCCCCAUCUCAAGUUCCCGAUGGAGUGAAUUCCGCAAGGAGAUGUCCGAUUCAUCUUCCACAGACGAAGAUCAAUGGGUUCAGUCUCGGCAAAGAGCCCAAGAAAGAAGUAAACUUCCCCGAAGAGGAAGAAGAAGCAAUAGCAGGCCGUGCAGAAACCUGGAUGGGUCCCCGACUUCUGACACCAUUGAGGUUGUUCAUCUGAGAACCAGAGAGAGCCCCGAGCUGCCCGAAUAUGAGCGCUGCUCUUUAAGUCACCGCAGUGGAAAAGCCAAGAGAUACAAAGAAUAUAGCCUUCCACCACCUCUCAAGUCUCCUGAGACUAAGAGUUUCCCGGAAGACCUUGAGGGAAAUAGGAGCCAAAACUACUUUGGAGACUCACAAUCUUUGGCUUAUCUCGGGCAAAAUGAAGUUCCCAAAGAAACCUUUUCCGAGGGAAAUUCAGACCUAGAGACAAUGCCGGCCAUUUCAUGUCUGGGAGAACCAGUGGCUACAAAGACCUGUGUAAUGAAUACUGCUCAGGAGCUUCCUGCCUCGUAUGAUGACAGGUGUGAUGAUGAUUCAGAGGUGUGCAGGAUCUGUCACUGUGAGGGAGAUGAUGAGAACCCCCUUAUUACACCAUGUCGCUGCACAGGAACCCUACGGUUUGUUCACCAGGCCUGCCUGCACCAGUGGAUCAAGAGUUCAGAUACCCGCUGCUGUGAACUCUGCAAAUAUGACUUCAUCAUGGAGACCAAGCUGAAACCACUCCGGAAGUGGGAGAAACUACAGAUGACAACAAGUGAAAGGAGGAAAAUAGUCUGCUCUGUCACAUUCCACGUUAUUGCUAUCACCUGUGUCGUGUGGUCAUUGUAUGUGUUAAUAGAUCGGACUGCUGAGGAAAUCAAGCAAGGCAAUGACAAUGGUGUCCUUGAAUGGCCAUUCUGGACAAAACUGGUUGUGGUAGCCAUUGGCUUCACAGGAGGCCUCGUCUUCAUGUAUGUGCAGUGCAAAGUCUAUGUGCAGCUGUGGCGCAGGUUGAAAGCCUACAACCGUGUGAUCUUUGUGCAGAACUGCCCUGAUACUGCCAAAAAGCUGGAGAAGAACCUCCCCUGUCACGUGAACACAGACAUCAAGGAUGCUGUAGUGGUGCCUGUGUCACAAACAGGUACAAAUGUACUGCUGACCACAGAGAGUGGAACCCCAGAAGUCAUACCGGUCUGAUAGAACCAGCUGACCUUGUUUCACCAGAAUCUGAAAAGUUUUCCAGCCCUCAGUGACUCGAGAGCAGAAGUGAUUUUGCAUUGUUUCCCCAUCCCAACCCUAGCUAACUACUCCUUACUUUCCUUCCAACAAAAGAAAAGAAAGCUGCAUCAGAUGAAAUAAGCAAAUGAUCAGGUUCCCACAAAGCUGGGCCUAGAGUGGGAUGUGGACACGUAUGUAUAAAGUCCUUUCUGAAAGACUCUUUGUGACAAGGUAUGCUUUUUAAUACAAACAUCAAGAAGCUAACUGGAAAUUCAUCACUGGUCACCAUAACAAGAGGAAAGUGGGGGAAGGAUAAAAACUUGAAUUUCAAUGUGUAUUAUUAUUUCUAGGGUUUUUUCUGACAAAGAUUUCAUCUUCAUACUGACGGGGAAUAGCAAAUACAUCUGGCUUAAAAUCCUUAAAAGUUGCUUGCAUUAGUCCUAAAUCAAAUCAGGAACAGACUUUAAACAGGAUGGGCUAUGUGAUUUCUAACGUCCCUUCCAUUAGUAAAAUUCUAUAAUUCUAUAAAGGAUGCAUAUUUUUCUGAGACUUCACACUUUGACGGUAAAUAGAUUUUUACAGCUACCCUGGAGCCUGAUUGUUUUGACAGCUGCAUGAGUUAGAAAUAGAUGCAAUACACAUUCAAUUGUGUAUGAUGAAACAUUUUUGGGAUGAUAUUCAACAAAUAUUUAUGAAGAACAGAGUUUUGAAAUAUUUUUUUUGUUUUAUCUUUCAUGCAAAUGCCAACCAAAAUUCAAGCCAACUUCUUGGUCCUGUGUUUUCUCUGCAGUCACCAAAACAGAGAUGACCAUGCCUUGGAUUUUAAUACAGUGUCUGAAUUUUUUUUAGAACAGAAGCUUCACUGUUUAUUGUAUUAAAAGGAUUCACAAGAGUAUGAUUCUUACAAAGCAUUAAAUUUAGUUCAAUCCAAGCCUUGCUUGAAUGGUUAAAGAAAGUACAAUCCUUCAACAGGUUAUAAACAAAAUGCAAGCUACAAUAUUAUAUAAAAUGACAGAAAUAAUCAGCCUCUGCUUCUCCAAAGCUUCUGGGAGUGGAAAAUCCAAUUUAAAGUUGCUUUUGGUUCUACAACUAAAAGCCUAAUAUUAUAAAGUUUUAUACAGCCUAUCAAGUAGCACCCAGACAAGUUGUUAGGACGGUGAUGACAGAGCAUCUAACCUUUUAAAAGACCAGUGUCUCUGCUCUGUUGAUUUUGGUGAAUCCCACUCUCAAAAAAUGGAGCUCUGUAGGCUUGGCAGCUCAAUUGUUAUUGAUACUCUUUGCAUAUUCAUGUAAAACUAAAGUGUGAAUGACAUUGCGGUGAACUAGAUUAUUGAUCACAGGUGUAAUGGUGUGCUCAAAGAAAGAUGUCCCACAUAAAAAAGGAAAAAAAAGAGGUUUGUGAUUUGCUUCUGUUAAUUGUCAUAUUUAUUAUUGUGGCAAGACAGCCAUAGUGGCCAUAAGAACCAGUGCAUGGUUUGCACAAGUCUGGUUAUCACACUGAUGCAAUUUGUAAUUACCCGAAUCUCUUCUAUGUUCUUGUGGUUCAUGGAUUUUGUCAUAGGAAGAAGAAAACAAAAUCCCUUCCAGGGAGGAGAUGGACUAUGUUAACUGCUAGUAGCUGUCUCCAGAAUCUAAACGAUCCCAAUUCCUAGAAGUACUAAGUAUGAUGAACAAUUUGUUGGGUUUUUUGUUUUUUUAAUGUAUUCAUGUAUAUACACAGCAGCAAAACGUAAUGGUUUUCUGAUUGUCAUAGGACCAAGUCUGUAUAAAUCAUUGCUCUGCAAAGUGGUGUGGAGGGUAUGAGAUGAGGAAGCAAGCAGAUAAAAUAAUAUGGGUGGAAAUGAAAUGCACCAACUAUGCAUAGACACAGGCAUGAUCAGUUGUAUUUUUUAAAAACCUGGGCCUUUAAAGAACUAAAAUCUUGUAAUUAAGUUACUCUAAAAUUUUUCAUCCAAAGCUUUAAGGUGAAUCCAUGACUUUUAACACUAGCUUUGAGAAGCUUAACGAUGGGUUUCACACAAAAGUAUUAAUCUUGCUUCAAUUUUCUAACUCAUUUUCUGGGCUUUAUAUAAAACAGUCCAGUUUGUCCACAUAGAUUAGCAAUGAUAAAAGGCAUUUUCAGAGAAAUAUUUCAUCUGAAAAACAUUUUGAAUAUCACUGUUUUCACCUAGAGGGCACAGAUUAUUUCUAUAAUAACCACCCCAAACAAAAUUAAAGCAAUCUCUUUACAAAGAUAGCCAUCACAGCCAUAUGCACAAUCCAAACCACCAUAAGAUGAGGCAGUAAAAUAAGGCCUCAUGGAUUCAAGGUUAUGCUUAAUGCUUUAAAAAAAAAAAAAAAAAAAAAAAAAAUUCCCAAUGGGGUGGAGGGCACUGAGUAUUUUUAAUAGGAAAAAUAUGACAGGUUAACAAAAUAGGAUUUAAGGUUACUGUACCAAGAAAACAUAGCACAAAAGGUGGUAACCUUAAUGUUUUGUUCUGUAGUUUCUCUCUAUGCAGUACUUUCAUUAACCCCCAAAACAUUUUUGAUUCAGAUUCCUUGUGCAAUUAUCACACAGUGUCUAAUUAUCUUUCAGUCCGAAAGAACUACACAAAUUAAGCAUCUAGUAUUAAAGGUUUAUUCUUUUGUACAGUAAUGAUGCAUAUAGACCUUCCAAUGGAGGGUCCUACUCUUUUCUGUAUUUGAUAGUUGUUUUUGAACUCAUGAAUUGCUGCUCUAGAGACUGAAAAUAAUGUUGCCAAAAAAAAAAAAAAUUCCCUAGAAAAGAGCAUUAAAUUUUUUUUUCAUAUAUUUAUAUAGAUAGAUAUAAAGUAAAAUGGAACUAAAAUUAAAUAACCAGCUAUCAGCUCUCAUUCAAAACUUUGAUUCUUUUCAGUUGGGGAAAUAGUCAUUUUGGGUCUUAUUAAUAGUGUAAGCCCACAGAAUUUUACCACUAAAGUAUUAUGCAUAUCAUGGAAAAAUUAAAUGGAUGGCCCUUUCCCUUCUAUUGAGAUUGUGGAUCAUGAGUUUAAUAACAUGAAUAAACCUCCAAAAAAACAGAGCCUAAAAGUUAAUUCAUCCAAUGUAACAGAAAAAUACAAGAGUAGGAGAAGGGGGGAGAAGAUGACUAGGAGAGCAGGAAAAAUAGAGGGAAAAAGAUGAAGGCUGCUGAAGAAUAGAAUGAGUUAUCUUUAAAAGAAGGCUCCAGAAUUAAUUCAGUCUAAACUGCACUUUACAUAGCUACCUUCUGCAAACAUUUGUGAUUUUUUUUAUUAUUUUCUUUUUCUUUCUUUCUUUCUUUCUUUUUUUGCAAAAGGUGCCUUAAGUACCUACAAUUGUCUAUAUUUUGUUUGGGAAAAUGAGCUCACUGCAAUGAGAAAAAUAUUAGGGGAAAGUAACACUGACUUAGAAACUAUGGAUUAUUUCAGUUGUCUGUAUUGACAUGAAUUUUAUUUUUCCUUGAUUCUCUGCAAAGAUUUUUGGGGAGAAAUGGACCUUUUAAUUUUUUUAAAAAACUCGGAUUCUUCAGGGGUUGCAGUUUAACCAAGAAGGGUGAAAGCAGUUUUAUUCAUUUCUUAAAUCAGCCCAAUGGUGCUAUUUCACAUACCCACCAAGCUGAAUGGAAGUACUGUUAUUUUGGGCUACAGUGUUUCCUCCACAUCUGAAGAAAGCCCAUUCUGAAAGUGAACACUGCACUUACACAAAUAAAAGAAUAUUCUGGUUGUGUGCAAUUCUUGAGAUUGGGCAUUUGUGUUACUUUGGUUUUACCCAGUUAUCUUGCAUAAACAAUUAGAUGUUUUGUGAACUAACGUGUACUAAGUAAGAAAAUGAAGGACAAGAAAAUAUCUGUGGAAGAAAGUUUGUAUAUUAAAAAAAAGUGACCUGAA